AUGGGACGUGAAUUGGAUCGCUUCAGAGAGCCCUGUGCGGCAUUGCUGCUGGCGCUGCGGCGGUGCACAGCCAGCCAGGCGGACCAGCAGCCCCUGCAAGGCAGCAGCAACAGCAGCAGCAGCAGCACAGCGCAGGAACCUGGCAGCAGUGGCGGCACUGCCGCCGCCGCCGCCGCGCCGCCGCCGCGGGCCAACCCCGUGCUGCAGCGCAUCUUGCGGACCGACUUGGCUGCGCAGGAGGCGACCGCCUCGCUCUACCGCGCGCAGCAGGCGGUGCUGGGGCGGCGCCCCGACCUGGCAGCCUUCCAGCAGCGCGAGGAGCAGCACACCGCGGAGCUGCGCUCGCUGGCGCCGCAGCACCGCGCGCGGCCGUCGCUGCUGGCGCCGGCGCUGCGGGCGGGGUUCUGGGCGCUCGGGGCCGCCGCGGCGCUGGCGCCGCGCCAGCUGUCGGCAGCAGUGACCGCGGGGCUGCACGACGCGCUGACAGACGUGUGCAACGAGCAGCUGCGGGAGCUGCGGGAGGAGGGCCUGGCUGAGGCGGCGCCGCAGGUGCGGCAGGCGGUGAUCGCGCUGCGGGAUGAGGCGCGGGAGGUGGAGGGGGCGCCGCGGGUGCCCGACGUCCUCGACCUGCAGCGCCUGCAGGAGCUGUCGCCGCCAGAGGCCGCCGCCGCCGCCGUCAAGCUGCUUGCGGGCACCGCAAUCAAGCUGGCAGGCAGGCUCUGA